AUGGCGGCGGCGGCGGCGCUGCUGCUGCUGCUGCUGCUCCUCCCGGCCCGGCCGGCUGAGGCGCCGCCUUUUCGCCCGAGCUCCUUUGUCCGCUGCGCGCUGUGGGGCCGCGGCGGUUCCUCCUUCGCGAUUUGCUCCGGCGGCGGCGGCGGCGGCUUCCGUACUCUCUGGGCGGCUAGGGCUAGCCGCGCUUACGCAGCCUUCCUAAGUGCCCUUCGAGAAUGCCGAAACGAGCGUCCCGCUCCGAGAGGCGCCGCUGCGCUUUCUUCCAUACUACACCAAAAAAGGGGGAGGAGGGAGGGGAAGCAGCCUGCUCACGCUUACGCAACCCGGCUAAGUGUGCUCCGUGAAUGCCAAACCGAAUGGCCGAAGCUGGCCAGACCCGAAAGGAUUCGGGCCGCCAAUCCUCGAGAGCUGCCGCGGAAUGCCCUCCCUCCUGGCACUACCUCGCCACCAAUCAGCGACGGCGACAGGAAACUUCCUCCGCUCCGCAAGGGCGGCCAAUCACACACGAGCUACGAAAAGAAGCCAAGGGUGUACGCGUCCCUUCCCUUUCGGGAUCCAAUAGGAAGCCGGUGUCCCUAA